AUGUCGUUUCCCAAUCUAUUCGAUUAUCCUUUAACUGAUUUUCGGUCGUUGUUCUUCAAUUUUAUAGUUCCGUCGACGAUGAAACCGAGCGAAGAUCAUGGGGCCCACAGGAAGAUCUUACUGGCGUCGAUCUCAGCCAUGGUGGCGGAGACGACGACGUUUCCGAUAGACCUGACAAAGACUAGGCUUCAGCUGCACGGCGAGUCGGUGUCGGUGGGAUCUGCUCGGCCCACCAACGGGUUCCUAGUGGCCUCGGAGAUCGUGCGGCAGCAAGGCCCUCUUGGGCUGUACAAGGGAUUGUCUCCUGCGAUUCUCAGACACCUCUUCUACACGCCAAUUCGGAUCGUCGGGUACGAGCACCUCAGAAGCUCACUGAAAACGGAUGGUGCGUCCCUCUCUCUCCCCGCUAAAGCUCUCUCCGGUGGGCUUUCCGGCGUCGUUGCUCAGUUGGUGGCAAGCCCCGCAGAUCUUGUUAAGGUGAGGAUGCAAGCAGAUGGUCGUAUGGUGAGCCAAGGCCUUCAACCUAGGUACUCAGGGUGCUUUGAUGCUUUAAACAAGAUCGUCCGAUUGGAGGGCGUUGGAGGACUUUGGAAAGGGGUUUUCCCUAAUGUCCAAAGAGCAUUCUUGGUGAACAUGGGAGAAUUGGCCUGUUAUGAUCAGGCGAAACAUUUUGUUAUCAAAAAUCGAAUUUCGGACGAUAACAUAUAUGCCCACACUUUGGCAUCAAUCAUGUCAGGCCUUUCAGCAACUGCUUUGAGUUGUCCAGCCGAUGUGGUAAAGACAAGAAUGAUGAACCAGUCUAGAAGCAAACAAGGGAAGAUUAUGUACAACAAUUCCUAUGAUUGUUUGGUGAAGACUGUCAAAGUUGAGGGUUUAAGAGCAUUGUGGAAAGGGUUCAUACCUACAUGGGCAAGGCUUGGUCCUUGGCAAUUUGUGUUCUGGGUCUCAUACGAGAAGUUUAGACAAAUUGCAGGGUUCUCUUCUUUCUGA